AUGCCGCUGACUGAUGAUCAAGAAAUUGUCGAUGUAGACUGGGAAGUAUACCUUCGUGAGACGGCGCGUCUGAUAAUCGAAGAACAGAGUCCUGAUAGGUUAGCUGACAUACGGGAACGUCUUUACGAGCUGCUUACUCACUGCAUUCCGCCUGACGUCAUUUUUCAGGAGUUGUUGAUGGAACUUUUGCGUUCGUGCGAUGCCAUGCUAAAGGCUGAGGUCACAUCCUGCGCCGCUGAAUUCGAGCAUCGCCUGCGGCUAGGAUCCAAGGCCAUCUACCAUCUUGAAGCUUUUGUCGCAAAAUUCAUGUCUGUCUACAAAAAGUUCUUGGAAGCUACUUUGAGCAGUCUGGAGUGA